UAAAUAACCACAAACUAGGGUUUUUCCCCAAAUCCUCAUACGGUCGUCCGUCUUUCAGCUUCAGCAGCAGCAGCUCCGAGGAGGAAUCCCCAACCGUGAAAAUGCCGUCACACAAGACAUUCAUGAUCAAGAAGAAGCUGGCGAAGAAGCAGAGGCAGAACAGGCCUAUUCCUUAUUGGAUCCGAAUGAGGACCGAUAACACCAUCAGGUACAAUGCCAAGCGCAGGCACUGGAGGCGUACCAAGUUAGGAUUUUAAGGUGGAGGGCUCGAGUUUUGUUCAACAUUUUAUGGAAAACUUUCCGGGGUUCUGUUAUUUUUGAUUUUUGUUUACUAGGAGCUUAUUCCGAAAUGAAAUCAUGUAGAGUUUUCUACUGAUGUUUUGGUAGAAGUAUUGGAGCUUAAUUUUCCGCAGAGUUAUGUAUUAAAUGAAUAUUUUUGGAUUUACUAUGCUUUGUUGAUCAAUCUCUAGCAUUUUAACUUGUGCAUGGAACUCAUAGUAAUGAUCACAAAUGUGAAA